CUUGGAGCACUUUUAUCUUCCCGUUUGUUCUGAAUUUUGAAGAAAUCUCUGAUUUUGAAGUACAAUGGUGUUUAUUUUUGUGUUGAUAUGCUGAUAGAAAAACAAUGAAAAAGGGGCAGUCAAGUCAGAUUGAUUAUAUCUGUAUACAUUGUAGUAAUGUUAAUGGCGAAUGCUAGCUUUUGUUUUCUACAAACAUGUAUUUGUCUUUGAAUAUGAAUGAGUUAGAAGAUUAAACUGAUGCAUGUUGACAUUGUAUAAUAUUCAGUAGAAUAUGCGAUGGAUCAGGAUGAAAAGUUGCGGAAGUGUUCCAAUAUGAAAUGCCAAAGGGUUCAGGUGGAUGAAUCAUCUGUGCCUGCUCUUAAAGAUGAAGCAAUGGAAGUUGACCAUUUUCUUGCAGAAAAUAGAAAUGAGCAUGUCUCAGUAGAUGGUGGUUUGGAUAUUCAUGCAGCUUUCAAUGGAAAGGAUGACUUGGAGAUGGAGGUCCUUGAUGGAUUUUUGGAUGAUGUUGAAAUCGAUGACCUUGAAGGAACUGAUGUUUUCUCUGGUGCAUGCGAGGAGGUUUUUUUUGAUUUUGAAUUUGACAGCAAGGCUGAGGUGCUUGGCCCUGGUCCUUUUGAGGGUUCCCUUCUGCAAAACUCAACUUCAGAAAGUCAUUCUUCAGAAUUGAGUGGAAGCAGCGUUGUUGGUUGGGUAUCAGAAUCUACAAAACUACCCAUUGCACAAUCUGAAUGCAAAAAUAAUCCUCUAGAUGAUGUAGUGUCCUAUCAAUCACGUGGUGCCUUCAGGAACAAUCCUCAUCAACCGUCAAAUGAAGAUUGCCUGUACAACAUUUCACUCGACAUACCGCAUCUACAUCAGUUGAAUAAUGAUCAUCAUUUGGCUGGUGGUAUAUUAUAUUGUAAAAAGGAAACGGGUUCAAUUGAAAAGAGUCAACCUACUGCACUUAAAGAGAAGAGAUUCCGAAAGCCUACUCUUAGGUACAUUGAAGAGACUUCAAAUUCAAGGUCAAAGGAAACUGCUGGUACAAAAAGAAAACAUUCAAGUGCCUCAUCAUGUGAUGAACUUCAUAUAAGAAUUAAAGCAUUGAGAAAGAUUCGAGUUGAGAAGUCUAGUAAUGGAAUUAGUGAUGUGACAAUCCCAAAGUUGAAAGCUCACAGGGGCCGACCAAAGAAAGAGAAACUUGAUGAUGAGGAGGCAUUUUCCUCGGACUCUCAGGAUGAAUGUUUGACACCAAAAAGAUCUAAAAAGAAAGAUCGGAGAAAGCAUCAGAGGAUGUGGACUCUCUCUGAGGUUAUUAAGUUGGUUGAUGGCAUAUCUGAAUAUGGAGUUGGUAGGUGGACGGAUAUAAAGAGGUUUUCAUUUUCUUCUUCAAGCUAUCGAACACCCAUAGAUCUCAGGGACAAGUGGCGUAAUCUUUUAAGAGCCAGUUCCAUUCAGACAAACACAAUAGACCAGAAAGAGGAUGAUGAAAAUGAUGAUCAUACUUUACGCCCCCUACCAUUUAACGUGGCAUGCCGUGUGCGUGAAUUGGCUAAAAUUCACCCGUACCCAAGGCAACGCGGCGGCUCAAAGAAUUCUCGCAGUAGCAAACUUGGUACUUCUACUUCAGUUAGUCAAAGUAAAGAUUCUCCUCCCAUUGGCCAGAGCAAAAGAAAUAUACGGAGGAAGUGUACUUACAAGUGAAACUCCCUCUGUAACAGAGGUGAAUCCAUAGUCACAAAAAAUCUUGUUGAAAUUUAGAUAUAUCAUUUGCACAGCUAUAUACAUUUAGUAGUUUCUGCUGGUCUUUUACAAAGGCAUAGAAAAUUUUUUUAGUUGUAAACUUGAGGAAUUAUUAGUUGGCUCCGCUCUACAUAAAUUUGCCAUGGUUAAUGCCUAAUCCCUGCAAGAGUAUGAAUUCUUAAAUGAUGUCUGACGUGUUUUAAAACCAAGUUUAGAUGUAAAACAUUUUGACAUCAUGUAGAGAAGGGUGUUAUGAGCUUCAUCUUGCAGCAUUU